UGAGGUCACAAGCUUCACACAUGUAGGGUCUACAGUUUGUGGAUCAUGAGCCUCCAUGUCUAAAGGAGGGAAAUGUGUAACAAGACCGCCUGGCAUUGUACUUCUGCUAACCUCGACCUCUAUGCUGUGAACGAGCAGACCAGAGUAGCAUUCAUAAUCGGAAUAUGAGUCAUCUGUGCACGCACUGUCUGUCAGUCAGUCGUGCUCCAAAUUGCUAUAAAACUUGCGACUCGCAUAUCGUUCGUCAGCUACGACGUCGACGGCAGUAUGGCUACCGCAAUGCGCUCACCAUUAGUCGAACUCUCAGGCGAGCCCCGGAACGCUAUCUACGAAUAUGUGGCUCUCUCCAGCACUACCACCGUAACGAUGGUGGAUGGCGAUUACCGAAAGCCAUCAUGCCAUCUUGCUGCCACCUGCCAUCAGAGCUGUAAAGAAUAUCUUCCCAUUCUCCGCGACUAUAUCUGGCAUGCAAGCAAGAUCCAGACCACAGUCACCAACUGGAGAUUCUUGCGCUUUCCCUACGUUGUUGAUACGCUCAUGCAAGCGACUCCUAAUGUGAAGAAGUCUCUCACCAUCACACUCUCUUUCGCCCAUAUGCACAUAGAACUUGCGAGGCUGGCGCUAAAUGACUGGAUGGCAUUCUGCAUCGCCUCCCGUGCCAAGCUGGACAUCCCGUACCUUCCGACUACAGACCAUCUUCGAACAGUCCAAGCACUGGGCAGCCGUUUAAUCUGGAUCGCGGUAAACGCUGUUGCAAAUGUCAAGCUGUCGUGAAUGAUGCAACAGUAUGACGGUGAUGAGGAGCUGAGCGAGGUUCUCCGGGCGGAAUGCAGGAAGGUCGGUUUGGUCUUGAGCAAAUUCGAGGCUAGGCGUGCAAAUACUCGCUCCAAGCUUCGCCCGAAGCUCUGCCCGAAGAGACGCUUAGGCGGAAGAUCAAGGAUCGCAGUGAAAUAGAGGUCAUUCUAGCAAGCUGGAGGCUCGGCGCCAUCGGGGCCAGCGGAUCGCAGAUCCUCCGUUGCGGCAGACAUGUUGUAUCGAUGCGCAGGGCGAACGACG